AUGUCGGAGCUAAGAACCGGGUUCCUAACAAUGGCGACCAUAGUCCUUAUAUGCCUAGGAUUAACGAUGACAGGAACAGGUUUAUAUCACAGGAAAAUAGUGUCAAAAUGCAUCCAAGAAAGCGAUGGCAGUUUCAUCUUCAUUGGCAUGCUCUUGCUAGUGUUUCCUCAGUUUGGUCUUUACGCAAUCUGUUGUCGAUCAAAACGUAUCUUCACUUUUUACAUAUAUGCCAUGAUGUUCGUCUUCAUUGUCCUUAGUUGCUACUCUUUAAAAUGUUUUAUCUACAACACAACUUUUGGCAUCGCCAAGAAUCCAGCUGAGGAAACCAGGACCGUCAAGCAGUUGCUCGGGCGUUUAGUCCCUCCAAGCAAACUCGACAGAGCCACGGGCUGUAUCGUUGAGAAUCAUGAUUGCAACUUCAACGCCAGCCUAAACAGCAAUGUCUGGAGGUUUUGCUGCGCGCAACCAGCAGGAUGUGGAGAGAGGACAAUGUUCGGUGCACCAGGAGAAUGGAGUUGGAAACGGCAACACAUAGCGAACGAUGUCCCUGAAGAAUGUGCUUACAAUUACUGUCUUGAUUGCAGAGGUUGCCAGCUCAGCAUCUUGAAAGCCAUUGUUCAUCAAUGGAAGUAUCUCUCCAUCUUCUCUUAUCCUUCAUUAUUUCUCGUUUGUCUCAGCCUCGCCAUUGCCAAGUCCCUUCUUGACACUUUCGAUGAACCUGAUGAUUAUCGUGGCUCUUAUACUUAGAUUCAUAAUCUUCCAUUUCAUGUACUCAUAUUCUAGUAUUUUCU